AUGGAGGCGGCAGAAUGUUCAUCAAUUUGGGGUUCUCUCGAAGCAAUCUGUGAGGAGUCGGAGAUGAUUGCGCAUUUGCAGUCAGUGCUCUGGUGCGGCAGUGAUUCUGAUGCAAACCUCUGCUCCUCCGAAAAUGAUAGCACAAAAGCUUCUUUUGAUCUCCUAGUGGAUGACCUCGGUUCAGCGAAUGAGAGGAACACUGGUAUCAAGAGAAAGAUGCAUGUGGAUGAACAGAGCGACCAUCACAAUGAAGUCCGGGUGGCUCUCUCGAGAAGAAGGCAUAAGAUCAAUGAGAGACUGAGAGUACUGCAGCACCUGAUUCCCAACGGCACAAAGGUUGACAUAAGCACAAUGUUGGAGGAAGCAGUCCACUAUGUCAAGUUUCUGCAUCUGCAAAUCAAGCUCUUGAGCUCCGAUGAAAUGUGGAUGUACGCUCCCCUCGCCUACGAUAGCAUCAAUGUCAGGCUCCCCCAUCUGGAUUCUCUAGCUCAUGAAUGA